AUGGGAUCAUCGCAAAGCCAUCCAUCUUGGCAACAGUCUCGGUAUAUCACUCGCAUGGAAGCCUCUCCACAAACCAGUGCUCUUCAGCCUACUAGUAGUGCAGCAACUCCAGAUGCAGCCCUGACGAAGGGUGAUGAGCCUCCUCCACAAUUAUAUCGUGUCGAGUCGUUUUCGGACAAGUUCAUUCGAAAAUUUUCAUCGCAACCAUUGGUGCCCAUUGGUUGUGUUGCCACGGCCUAUUUCCUAGCCAGUGGGAUCAAAUCCUUUCGAGAUAGAGAUCCCAUUCGAUCUCAAAAAAUGAUGAGAGCUCGAGUGGGAGCGCAAUUUGUGACCAUUAUGAUAUUCAUUGG